CUCUCUCGUCGUGGACAUUCGUGGAACAUUUUAUUUGUAUAUUUUUUAUAGUUAUAAAAAAAUAUAUUUCCAAGGACGAGCUAUGGUCUUAUUAUGCGAAAUAUUUCCGGACUUUACGGCGGAGACGCAGAUGGGAACGAUUAAAUUUCACGAAUGGCUGGGCGAUUCAUGGGGCAUCUUAUUCUCUCAUCCCAAUGAUUUCACACCAGUCUGCACAACUGAAUUGGCACGGGUUGCAAAACUAAUGCCUGAAUUUAAGAGAUUAGGAGUAAAAGUAAUCGCAUUAUCCUGCAAUUCUGUCGACUCACAUCGAAAAUGGAUAAAGGAUAUCAAAAGCUAUGGUGAGAUAACAGAUGAGGAAUUUCCAUAUCCAAUAAUAGAAGAUCAAACCAGAAAGCUUUCUACAUUAUUGGGAAUGUUGGAUCCUGCAGAAAUGGAUAAUCAGACUGGAUUACCCAUGUCAGCGCGGGCUGUAUUUAUAAUUGAUCCAGCUAAGAAGAUGCGAUUAUCAAUUUUAUAUCCAGCCACUACUGGACGAAAUUUCGAUGAAAUAAUAAGGGUAAUCGAAUCUCUUCAACUUACAGAAAAGUACAAAGUAGCAACUCCUGUAGAUUGGAAGAAAGGAGACGACGUAAUGAUCGAUCCGAGUGUGUCGGAUAGUGAAGCCAAAGCUUCUUAUAAUGAUAUUAAAACUGUAAUGUUGCCUUCUGGCAAAACGUACCUGCGUAUUGUGCCACAACCUAUAGAUGCGUAAAAGAAAAAUCCUUAUAUGUAUUCAAUGAAACUCGACUAAUUCAAAUUCAAUAUAAAUCAUUAUUUAUAUGAUGUAAACGUUUCAUUUACGCUGUUUUAUGAGAUAAAUCACUCAAUAUAUAUUUUUUUAUAAUUAUAUAUUAAUAUAUAUUAAUAAUUAAUAAUUAUUCAUAUAUAUUCUGUAUAUAUAAUUAGAUUUUGUCUAAAAGAACUUCAAGAAGAUUAUAACUUUAAAAGAACGUCACAAUAUUAUUUUUUACGUAUGAAAAAAAAAUCAAUAUUUACAUCAUAUAAUUUUUGUUACCAGCUUAGUAACAGAGAUAACAAGUAAUGAUUUUAAUCCUUAGUAUUUGCAAACAACAAAAGAAGCUGUUUAUUAUUUCACCUAAUGUAAUUAAAAGUACACUGCGUUA